AUAACGGAUGGUGGCCCUCGGUAGUUUAGAAACUCUGGAUACGGCCCUGCUACUGACUCUCGUCAGAAGCGCAUGCGAAGCACCACAGCUUGAGAGGAAGAAGCCAAGGGCUUUUCAAAAUAAGGUAAAAUUUUCACGUUUCAUGAUAUUUUAAUUAUUUCAAGCUAUGAUUAUGGUUAGCAUAAGUGCGUAAAUAUAGGCUAUAUAUGUUUCACGCCUUACGUUGUUGUACAGUAGUGUAACGGGUUGCGAUUUGUUAUGGUUGGACUUUUAUGUUGAAGGGACGUUCUUGGCCGGCUGUGUGCAGAGUUCCGGUUCGGUUGUUUAGAAGAAAACGAGCUAGUGUGAUCGGAGAUCGUUAACGGUGUUUCUGCUGGAGUUAAGACGUGGGCUGUGCUGCGGCCAACAGUAACCCGGAAUAAAGAUCCGAAACGGAAACAACAAGUUGGAGUCAUUAGCAUCUCUUAGAAAAGGCAACAAAAGUGUGUUUUAUAGGUGUGGUGGCUUUUGUUGAGCCGUGGCGGUGCGACACGAACUAGUGUAGCCCAGCAGAAAGGCCCCGCGGCUGGCUGGACCCAGCUCGACACAGCAGCAGAGCGUUUUCUUUAACUCGUGAGAGCAGCGCACCGCACAGAAGCCGACUCCUUCGCACACGGGGAAAAACGGCAGUACUGGUUUUUGAAAUUUUGUGUCAGUUUAAGGAAGAAGGAAGAGCUCCUGAAGAACUGAGGCCUCCUUUGAACCAGAAGGACAUGGAGCCCGUCAACAUGAAGCAGGAAGAGGAGGAGCAGCUUGAUGAGAUUAAAACUGAUGCCACCAACAUUAUAUUCUCUGCAGUUUCUCAUCAGGUUAAGGAAGAAGGAAGAGAAGUUCGGUUGUCACAGUUUGAUCAGAACCAACCUAAAGACAGAGAUCUUCCAACCAGCAGCACCACUGACCAGAUGAAAGCAGAAAGUGGUAGAGAGGACUGUGGAGGAGCAAAAACUACCAGGAAUCCAGAUCUAAAUCUUUAUGAAUAUGAUUCUAACUCUUCAGAGACUGAAGUCAGCAACGAUGAAGAUGAUGACCAGGAUGGCAACAAUUCUGACUGUCAACUGAAACUCUUGUCAGAUUCUGAGCCAAACACCAAAGAUCAUAACAAAGACUGGAAGCAGAGCAGGUCUUCUAAAUCACAUGUUAAGGCUGUCAAAUCUUUCAGCUGCCCAGAGUGUGGUGAACAGUUUCUCCAUGAGCGGUCUCUCCAGAAACACAUGAAAGUGACAAGUCAUUCAGGUCUGAAGUCUUCAAGCUGUUGUGUUGAUAAGAAAUAUGUUAGAGUGAAGCAAAAUGUAGACUCUAGCAGGAAAGUUCAGACAAAACUAAAAUCAUUUAGUUGUGACGACUGUGGAAAAAGUUUCAGCUCCAUAUCACAUUUUAUCACUCACAUGAGAGUCCACACAGGACAAAAGCCUUUUGCUUGUGAGCUCUGUAGACAAAGAUUUACCCAAAAGGGAAAUUUAGACACUCACAUGAGAGUCCAUACAGGACAGAAGCCUUUUGCUUGUGAGCUCUGUAGACAAAGAUUUACCCAAAAGGGAAAUUUAGACACUCACAUAAGAGUCCACACAGGACAGAAGCCUUUUGCUUGUGAGCUCUGUGGACAAAGAUUCAGCCAAAAGUACCAUUUAGACACUCACAUGAGAGUCCAUACAGGCGAAAGGCCUUUUGCCUGUGAGCUCUGUGGACAAAGGUUUAGCCAAAAAACAACUUUAGACAGUCACAUGAGAGUUCACACAGGACAGAAGCCUUUUCCUUGUGAGCUCUGUGGACAAAGGUUUAGACAAAAAACAACUUUAGACAGUCACAUGAGAGUCCACACAGGACAGAAGCCUUUUGCUUGUGAGCUCUGUAAACAAAGAUUUACCCAAAAGGGAACUUUAGACACUCACAUGAGAGUCCAUAAAGGAGAAAGGCCUUUUGCCUGUGAGCUUUGUGAAAAAAAGUUUAGUCAUAAGACAGAUUUUGACAGUCACAUGAGAGUCCACACAGGACAGAAGCCUUUUGCUUGUGAGCUCUGUAGACAAAGAUUUACCCAAAAGGGAAAUUUAGACACUCACAUGAGAGUCCAUACAGGACAGAAGCCUUUUGCUUGUGAGCUCUGUAGACAAAGAUUUACCCAAAAGGGAAAUUUAGACACUCACAUAAGAGUCCACACAGGACAGAAGCCUUUUGCUUGUGAGCACUGUGGAAAAAGAUUUUCUCAAAAGACAAGUUUAAACGUUCACAUGAGAGGCCACACAGGACAGAAUCAAUGAACAUAAACAAAAUAUAUAUUUUGGGACUUCUAAGGGUGUUGAAGGAAAUGUGCUACUGAUCUGGAAGCUCUUAACUAAAAUGAAAGGCAGCAGUUUUAUUACAUGUUUUGUUUUUGGAGAAGAAAAGGUUGAAAAUGAAAAGUUUUUUGUCACUAAAGUGUUUUAUUAAAAAUCUUUGUUCACUAUUCAGUUUGUUGUUCGCUGUUUCUGGAGUUUAAAUGUAAAUGCUGAUGUUUUGCAAAGUGAGAAGGCUCGCCAUCAAAGUCACCAGAUUAAUCCACUCGUGUAAUUAUCUGUCAUGCAAAUAAACCUGAUCAAUAAUUAA